CUCGUUGCCACCAUUCUAGGAAACAACACGUCCUAAUCAGUUCUUGCUGCUAUUUAUACGCUAUUUUUAUUUGCUUGAAUUCGUCCUGUAGCCGAGUGGUCCAGGCAUCAUGUCCGCCAGUAUCCAUGAACCAUUCUUUCACACCUCGACCGCAAUCACAACAAACCCACUGGCUUCAUCCACUACACCUACUGCGGAGAUCUGGGAUGACCUUAGUACCAGCGAGCAGCCUCAGCUAAAGGUUGAGCCCAUGUCACCUUUUGGCGGAUCAUCCUUGACCUUGAACCUAUCUCAGUCUCAAUUGUAUUCAGGUCCUCAAACAGAAACAUCGCAACCUCAUUCUCUUCCUUUGUCCAUGCCUUCGGCGCAUAGUCAGGUCCAGAAUCCUUCACAACUCCAGCCCCAUACUCCAUCCCUGACAAUGCCACCAUCCUCCAUCGCGUCGUUAAAGGCACCCUUGCAUACCUCACAGCUGCCUCCGGUGCCGCCGUCGCUCUCUAUGCCGCAACAUCAGCAACUGUACCCAUCCAGAAGUCUGCUUCAACCACAAAGUCGUUUGAACAAUUCGUCGUCAGCGCUCCCUCAACACCAGCAAUUUGGCCUCGCCCACCUGAGCGAAAUUAUGGCUGGGGGUUUAAUGGUUAACAAGUCCUCUACAUCCAUCCACCUCGGCGGCUCCAGCCAUAGACCACCUCCACUGCCGUCCUUACCAGGCCAGGCCAUGUUUCAAGAUCAAGCCUCCUCGCUCAUGUCUAUGCACCCACAAUCGCAGUCGCAGCCGUCGUCCUCCCACUCUACGCAUGAUCCGUUUUCAUAUGACCAGUCCGCAACCCCAAUUUAUCCUUCUCCGCAAGAUCAGCAGCAACGCCAAGCUGCCUUCCUCAUGAGUCGCGGAUCGUCUUCCUCGUCUACUUGCUCGACGUCCUCGAGCGCGACUUACCAGCUAAACAACAAUGUCGGUAGUAAUGGGUUUUCAGGGGUCCCUAUGAUAGCCUCCAGUUCGACGGGAUCGACAACCAGCUUCACCACAACCGAUUCUGAUACCAACUCUGGAUCAACAACCAUUGUGAAGGUAUUUUUUUUUCUUUCAAUGCGUUUUUAUUUUUAUUUUUAUUUUAAUUAUUACUGCUAUAUCUUCCUAUGGUUAUCUUUUGCGUUUCUGUUUUUUCUCUUUUCUCUUCUCUUUUUAUUUUUUAUUUUUUUAAGAUUGAAAUGCUUUAAGCAUGAAGGAGCGUGCAUGACACAGGGAUCGGCGAGGUUUAGGUGAGGUCUCUGAUGUUGGUCGGAAGAACCGACAGGAGAUCUUAGCCAAAAUGCAAAAAUAGGGGAAGAAUGGCGGGAAAGUCCAUACACAAAAGACAACGAGCCUGGACAGCCGAUCGUGAAGAGCAUCCUUUUUUUUUUUUUACAAAGUU